AAAGCAUUUAUGAAAUUCAAAACGAUCUUCGGACGGUGGGUGUUCGUUGAUGCAUAGCCAAGUGGUGUGCAAUGCCGUUGUAGUUUUUUACCUAGUUGUUGAGUUAAAAACAGACAGAGACCCAGAGACCAUCCGAAACAAUGCUCAAAGCCACAAGGAAACCGACGGAUCCGUACAAAUCGAAGCUGAAAGUUAAUGCCAGCCGCAAUGAGGCAAGUGUGCUUCCCGUCGACUCGGCGGAUGAGGCCACCAAUGGCGGCCAAUCCACAUCUCCCCAGAAGCUCAGCCUGAAGGGCAGCCAACUGGGCGGCAGCAUCUUGAUAGGCAACUACAAUUACUUGACCCAGCUGGAGGUUUGCGAAAAUGAAAUGGAGGUCUUGGACCUCAGCUCUCUGGCCCAACUGGAGACACUCAAGUGCAGCCGGAACAAGCUGAUGGAGCUGAUCAUCAAUGCCACCAAUUUGCAAGCCCUCGUCGCGGAUCACAAUUAUCUUCAUAAUAUCUCCACCACCAAUACACAUCCUGUUCCGCUGAAGCUGCACCGUCUAGACAUUUCCCACAACAACUUCAGCGAGUUACCCAACUGGAUUGGAGCAUGUGCCUCCUUGUCCAUCUUGGAUGCCUCCAACAAUCACCUCAGCAAUGUGUCUGGACUGCUUCGGAACUACAGGAUUAGCCAGUUGUUGGCUUUAAACUUGGCUUACAAUGGUCUCAAGCAGCUGGAGCAGCUGCCGGAGGGCUUUGCCAGCAUCCAGAGUCUUCAGUUGCAGAGUAACGAUCUAAUAAAUCUGCCGGACAACUUCUUUGCCGUAACCCAUGCCCGGUUGGAAACCCUCAAUGCUUCCUGCAACAAGCUCUCCACUCUGCCACGGUAUGAACAGAAUAAUCAUGCCGCCUUGGUCAAUCUUUCCUUGGCGGGAAACCAACUGAAUGAUACCAUCUUUGAGCCAUUACACAAUGCCGCCCGAUUGAGGGUCGUCCACUUGGCCUACAACCGCAUCGGUGUCCUGCCACCCGCCUGUAUUCGCAACUGGCCGGAUUUGGAGAUCCUCGUUCUAUCGGGCAACAUGCUGCAACAGUUGCCUGAGGAAGUGGCCACUCUGGGACAGCUUAAAGUACUCCGAUGUUGCAACAAUCUUCUCCUGAGCACUCCCCAGCUGGCCAAGUUGAGUAAGUUGAAGGUUCUGGACCUCUCACACAAUCACCUGGACAGGGUGAAUCUCCUGGCGCUGGUUCCCUCCCGAAAUCUCAAGUUCCUGGAUCUUUCGGGAAAUCUCCAAUUGCAGGUGGACGAGCAACAAUUUAAAGUCUGCCAGACUCAGAGCCAACGCCAUUGGAGCCUCAUAGAUGUUUCCGGCAAUAAUAGAGCCGCCCUACCAACCACCACACUGCGGCACUCCAAUGCCCACAAAAGUCAGACCAAGACGACACUGCCUUGGAGUAUGGGAUUUGCAGAAACCCCAGGAUCUGGAGAUUGCCGCAAGCUCUUGGUCUGCCAGUUGCGGGCAGGAAAUUAUGGCACAUCCGAUGAAGCCCUCUAUGGUAUGUUUGAGGCGGCCGAUGGAUUCGCACGAGCGGCGCAGGAGAUGGUCCAGCUUGUGCCUGGUCUGAUGAAACAGGAGCAACUGGUCAAGGAUGCGGCGGUCAGGGAUUACAUGAAGUCCACCCUGCUAGCGGCACAACGUCAGUGCGGGAGUGUGAGAAGUGCAGCUCUGUUCCAUCUGACCAGGACACGGGCCCCCUCCAAAGUGAGGCCGUUAAAAAGCAAGCGUUAUGUUCUACGGAUGGCCAGUUCCGGACGAUUAGAUGCCUAUUUGGUGCGACGCACUACCCAGUUACGCCUCACAGAUUCGGACGCUAAUCCGAGGGAUCUAGGCUCCACAUUAACUAUGCCGGAUCCACAUGUUCUAGAGCUUACCCUCAGCAAUGAUGAUGAGUAUCUGGUAGUUGGGAAUUCCCAGUUGUGGUCCGUGAUGGACAUUGAUCGUGCCGCUCGAGAAAUUCGCAAGGAAGAGAACGCCCUGUUGGCCGCCAAGCGGCUGGUGGAUAUCGCCCAGAGUUUCGGAGCGGCGGAGAAUCUCAGUGUGAUUGUGGUGCGUUUCAGACACCUGGGAACGGACGUGGAUCACCUCAUUCGAGAACUGAAGCAGAGCGUCCGCAAAAAGCCAGCUCCAGUUCCGGUUCCUGUCUCUAACGGAUCUGUUUGCAAGCGGACCUGCUGUGACAGAAGCAACGCCUGUCGCCACCGGGCCAUCGAGCAGGAACCUCUGGCGGGAAGAUCCUCCCCCAGCGGUCAGAGCGACCGAGAUCUGCUGUCCAAGGACAAAGACAGUACCGACAACGAGUUCGUUUUGGCACACGCUCGAGUCCUGCAGGAGGAACAGCAACUGGAGAUGCUGGACGAGACGGAAUCGGUAUUGUCGGAGGAGCAGUUCAAGUGCUGGGAAUACAUGCUGGAGCAGAACACGCAACUGCUUUUUGACAAGGAGUUGAAUACCAUUUCCAAAUCUUUCACCAAGCAACGACAGGUGCCCAGUGCGAUCCUUGCUCCUCCUGCUCCCGCCGCCACCGAACGCAAUGAUUUUACCUCAAAUCUCAUGCGGAGUGUCACCAACAAGUUCAUAUCGACCAGCACCCCCCAGCUGCCCCAGACAAUGACCGGAUCUACCACAAAUCCAGCGCCUCUGGGUGCGUACCAUCCCAUCAAGCAUCCCAUUCCUGGACACUUCGGGAGCGCCCUAUCCUUCCAACAGGCCAACAGCUACGGGUAUAAUCUGUUUGAUGGCAAGUCCCGCAAGAUGUCCGCAGGAUCUGUAAAACGGGUUGGAGGACCCCAUUCGGCGUACUUCGGAUCCUUGCAGCGACUGAUGCCCUACAAUUUUGAAUAUGAUUUUGCUGCCACCCAGGAGCGGGAAAGGAACAUCCUGGAUGAGGAGGAAAUAGACGAGGAUGACUUUAACGAGCAGGAAAGUCGAAUGCGAAAGUACUGGGGAGUGGCCACCACGGAAUUAUAA